AUGAAAGCUUUAGAAGCGACAGCUAAAUCUACGGCUACUUCCAAGAUCAUAAAUACUUUUAACAGACCAGGACAGUUGGAGAAAAUCGAUCAAAUAAAGCUGAGAUAUAUGCGGAAAAAAGCUUCCGUGGAAGCUUUGCUGAAAUCGGCUAUGCAGCAACAACUGGAUGGUGUGCGAAUUGGUUUAAACGAACUACACUCAUCCCUUGAAGAUGUCAAGGAGAUUGAAAACAGCCUACGUAAGAUGUAUACUCUCUUUGGCAAUAUUCCAAAGCUCUGCAAUUCUUUGAAUGAAGUCAGAGAGGAAAACAUGAAGCACUCGCAAUAUGUCACUGCAAAGGAAAACUUGAAGCAUAUCUUUACUGUUCCUGAAAGUGUAGAAAAAACAAAACAGUGGAUCAAUGAUGGCAAACUAUUACAUGCUCAUCAAUGUUUGAGGGACCUAGAGAACUCAAGAGAUGAUCUACUGUAUGAGCUUCAUAAGUUGCCCAACCAGUCUGUACAUGAUAAGUCUAUGCUGAAAGCAUAUUUUGCUGAUGUUGAAACAUUAUCAAACCUUCUGGAGAAACAGCUGACUUUUAUUUUAUCAAGGACUUUAAAUACUGUGAGGAAAGAUCCAACUGUUAUUGUAACUGCAUUGAGGAUAAUAGAGAGGGAAGAAAAAUCUGAUGAAGAUGCCCUGAAACAACAAAAGCAAACUGGUUUUUUGCCUCCAGGUAGACCUAAGAAGUGGAAAGAAAUGAUGUUCAAAAUCUUAGAGAGAUCAAUUUCCUCUAAAAUUGAAGGCACACAAGUAGAAGAAAGGGAAGACAACAAACACUGGUUGAUUAGAUAUUUGGAGUUAAUAAGAAUUACAUUAUUGGAGGAUUUGAGAGUGGUGAAAACUCUAUGCAUGCCUUGUUUUCCACCAAAAUAUAACAUUUUAGAAAGAUAUGUUCAGAUUUAUCACAAUUGUUUAUCAUUACAUUUGCAAGAGAUCAUUCAGAAUGGUUUACAAGGAAAUGAGUAUGUAACAAUGUUAUCAUGGAUAAUGAAUACAUAUCCUGAAUUAAUAGAGAACUCUGCUAAACUUCCUCCACUAUUACCUCAAGCAGUUAUAGACUCACUUGAGAGUGAAUAUCUGAAGAAUGUAGAAAAUAACUACAUAGAAUGGAUGCAGAAUACACUAAAAUCAGAAAAAGAGGAAUGGAAAUCAAGCCAAGAACCACAGUUUGAUAGCUAUGCUCGUACUGGUGCACCCAUCAUAAUUUUCCAGAUGAUUGAUCAGAACCUGCAAGUUGCAAAGACUAUGAGUGAAGAUCUUACUAUAAAAUGUCUCAAUCUGAGCAUACAACAGGUUAUUAGCUAUGCAGAACCUUUCCAAGAAGCCAUUGUUGAGUUUAAAAACAGAUACUUUGAAGAUAGAAAACAGGUGUUAUUUUUUACACAAUACAUGAUAAUGAUCGUUAACAAUUGUUUACAAUUUGUAGAGCUUGGCAGUGAACUAGAGAAACAGUACCUUACACCUUCAAAUACCCAUGAUCUUAAUGUCACUUUUGGAAAGUUGAGAGCAACCUACAUCCAGCUCAGAAAUAAUGCAGUUAACUACUUAUUAGAAGAACUUUUGGUUGACUUGGAUCAUCACUUUGAUAAGUUAUUUACUCUCCAAUGGGCUACAUCCAAUGUUCCAGCCGACACAAUCUAUGCAACUAUUGAAGACUAUUUCCAAGACUACAGUCACCUUAUGGAGAUGAACUACAAGUAUGUUGUUGAACAAGCUAAAAGUAUGGUUGGAAAAAGAUACUUAACAGCAAUGCUUUCUAAAAAGACUUCCUUCAAAACUUACGAAGAAUGUACUAAGGCUGCAGGUAAAGCAGUCAGAGAAGCAGAGAGAUUGAGGCAGCUGUUUGAGAACCUUAGCAAAGAACUGGAAGGUGAAGAUCAUUUUGAAGCUAUUAUUAUGCUAGCAGAGUUGCUAAAAAGUGAUGAUGAUAUGCUGUCCUUUGAGUUGCAUAGGGUAGUUGAGAAGUAUCCUGAUAUUUCAGAAGAUCACUUGAUGAGAUUGUUGAACUUUAGAGGAGACUUGGCAAAGUCCAGUGUUAGGGAAAAAGUGUCCCAUAUUGAUAAGUCUAGGGGAAGUCACAGGAGUACAAUAUUUAAAACUUUAGUAUUUCCAAAACUUGUUAAUAUCAAUUUGAAUUUUUAA